AUGGGUACACUUGACCUAAAAGAUUCUAAUUCAGAACAAGUGGAUAUAGCCCAUGUGUUUCAUUGUGACGGUUUGUUGUUAUGCACAACAAAGGACAAGAAACUCGUUGUUUGGAAUCCUUGUUUGGGAGAGACCAGGUGGAUCCAAUCCAAAACUGGUUACACAAGUUACUCCACGUUUUCUCUAGGAUACCAAAACAACAAAUCUUGCCGUAGCUACAAAAUCUUGAGGUGUUGGGAUCAUCACGGAUACAGCCAAAAAGUUAGGUUUGAAAUCUAUGAGUUUACCUCUGAUACGUGGAGACGUCUUGAUCAAACCGCUCUCGAGUACUUCGUCAUAUUUUUAAAAGGCGUCUCUCUGAAGGGAAAUACAUUCUGGAUUGCGACGGGCGGAGGAAAAAAAGAUGAUGUACUCAGUUUUGAUUUUACAACGGAGAAAUUUAAACGUUGGUCUCUUCCAGCAUUUCAGAAUGAUAAUCGUAUCACGACGGGUCUAUCGGUUGUUAGAGACGAAAACCUCCUAGUCUUGAAUCUGUGCUUUAUAACACAACAACUGGAUAUUUGGGUGACCAAGAAAUUUGAUGAUACUCAAGCUGCAUUGGCGUGGAGCAAAUACUUUACUGUGGAUUUACUGAAGAGUAAGCGUAAUAUGUGGUCGGUUGUAGCGACUGCUGUAAUUUACCAAGAGAAGAAGGUGGUCUUGUGUUGUAGUGACGGUCGUCGGAUGAGUAUGGACAUGGUAGGAGAAGACGAUGUGUGUUUCACAGAAAUCUGUUAUGAAGAGAUAAAAUAUGGAAACGAAGUACGGUGGCCAUUUAUUUUCAACUAUGUGCCAAGUUUGGUUCACAUAUAA